AUGGCUGCAACCCUUGAACGCCAGCGUGACUAUGUGUUCACCCCACCCAGUGUGGAGGAACGUCUACGUCAAGCGGCCGGCCAAAAAUUGGCAACGUGGGUCACUGGCCAUGAGCCUAAGACUCCUGAGGAGGUGGUGAGCUGCCAGGUACUUCGUGAGAGGUACCUGGAGCCGCACCUAACGACUCAAAGUCAAUACAAGGCACGCCUUGACAUGCAAGCUCGUGGUGCACCGGUUCCACCGAUCAAGGGGAUACCCAUUCUCUUGCUCGCAGGCAAAACACAACAUUUUGCUCUAAGGGCUAGUGCCCAUGCGGCAAAUGUGCGUCUUGAACACAAGCUUCGGUAUAAUUAUGCCAAGCUUAAGGCCAGAGGUCAAUUGCGCACGCGCACGCGCUAUGCUUCGGCUACUAAGGUAGCCGCGAGCGCUGGUCAGUCGGGGGCCAACAAACCGCCAACCCGCACCACUAGUGGUGGGGAACGGCCUCGGUCUCGAGAUGACCAUGGCCACGAUGCUCAAAAGCCUCCAAAGCAUAUGGGCAGUAUUGCCGAAGGGGUACCUCAAAUUCCCAUAAGUUUUCAGACUCAAAGUACCCACGCCACAUUACCAGAUACUGGUAUUGGCCCUGACGACGACGUCGUUUCAGUAGUCUCUCGACAUGGGAUUGACGACACCCAUGCUCAUCGAGCAAAGUUGGUGGGGGCCCACGAGAAACUGGUUCUCGGAGUGAAUGGGUCUUCAAGAGGCCUUGGGUUAGUCCCAGUGCAUGCUGGAUGCGAUGCAAAGCCGCCUUCAGGCGCUGGAGCAAGCUCAAACUCGGAGCGAGGCUCAGUUGGACUUGAUGAUUCGCCUACAGCAAUCCGGGGCAGCGCCCUUGUCGUCGGCGCAAGCGCCUCCAAGUUCACAUAG